AUGCCGCCGUGCAUGGGACCCGGCCGGCCCAGCGGGCAGCCGGUCGGCCCGCGGAGUCGCGUGGCUCGCACGCCCGCCCACCCCGGCAGCCUGACCUUGGACUUGGGGGCCGGCGCCGGGGACCCGCAGCUCGUGGCCAUGAUCGUGAACCACCUCAAGAGCCAGGGGCUCUUCGACCAGUUCCGCAGGGACUGCCUGGCCGACGUGGACACCAAGCCUGCCUACCAGAACCUGAGGCAAAGGGUUGACAGCUUUGUCGUGAACCACUUGGCCACUCAUACCUGGAGUCCUCACCUCAACAAGAACCAGCUGAGGAACAACAUCAGACAGCAGGUGCUCAAAUCAGGAAUGUUGGAGUCUGGUAUUGACCGAAUUAUUUCUCAGGUUGUGGAUCCAAAGAUCAACCACACAUUCAGACCUCAGGUGGAGAAGGCUGUGCACGAGUUUCUGGCCACCCUGAACCACAGAGAGGAAGCAAGUGGCAGCACAGCCCCCACUGAGGAGAAACCGGACUCUUCCAUCGUUACACAAGGUGUCCCAGUGCCUGGACCCAGCGCGAAUGUAGCCAAUGAUGCCAUGUCGAUCCUGGAAACCAUAACAUCUCUUAACCAAGAGGCUAGUGCAGCCAGAGCUUCGACAGAAGCAUCAAACACCAAGUCCAGUGAGAGAGUCUCUAAAAAACUCCCAUUGCAGCCAACCACUGACACCAGUGCCGAGAAAGAGAGAACUUCAGAGGACGUGGCUGACAAGGAAAAGUCUACACCUGACUCUGCAGGGGAGGGACAGGAGACAGCCCCUAAACCUGAAGAAUUCAAUGAUCUCCCUUGUCCAGUUGAGGAAAUUAAAAAUCACACAAAAGAGAGUAAUAGUUCAAUUCUGCUAAAUAAGGAUGUUCAACAGGAAAGCACUGACCAAAAAAACAAAUCAACUGACAAAGGUGAAAAGAAACCAGAGAGCAAUGACAAAGGAGAAAGAAAGAAAGAAAAGAAGGAAAAGACCGAAAAGAAAUUUGACCACUCAAAGAAGAGUGAGGACCUACAAAAAGUGAAAGAGGAGAAGCAAGCAAAGGAAAAAGAAGGAGAGUGUUCAAAACUCCCUUCAGAAAAGACCAGCAAUAAAGUUAAAACCAUUGAAGGGACAAAAGAAGAUUGCUCCUUGGUAGAUUCUGACGUGGAUGGACUUACAGACAUCACGGUUAGCUCUGUCCAUACCAGUGACCUUUCGUCUUUUGAAGAAGACACCGAGGAGGAAGUUGUGAUGUCUGACAGCAUGGAAGAAGGAGAGAUUACAUCAGAUGAUGAGGAGAAGAACAAGCAGAACAAAACAAAAACUCAAACCAGUGAUCCCAGCGAAGGAAAAGCAAAAAGCGUGCGGCAUGCUUACGUUCACAAACCUUAUCUUUACUCAAAGUAUUACAGUGACUCCGAUGAUGAACUGACCGUAGAGCAACGGCGCCAGUCUAUUGCUAAAGAAAAAGAAGAGAGACUUUUAAGAAGGCAAAUUAAUAGAGAGAAACUUGAAGAAAAACGAAAGCAGAAAGCAGAAAAGACAAAGACUUCAAAAGCUAAGAGUCAAGGCAAAAAUAGUGUGGACUUAGAAGAAUCAUCAGCAAAGAAUUUGGAACCUAAAGCCCCCAGAAUUAAAGAAGUCCUUAAAGAACGGAAAGUUUUAGAGAAAAAAGUAGCCUUAAGCAAAAAAAGGAAGAAAGAUUCAAGGAAUGUUGAAGAGAAUUCUAAAAAGAAACAGCAAUCUGAAGAAGAUUCCAAAGAAACGCUCAAGACAAGUGAGCAUGUUGAAAAGGAAAAAGUGUCUUCUUCAAAGGACCUGAAGCAUGUUCACAUAAAAAGCGAACCAAGUAAACCUGCCCGGAGACUUUCUGAGUCUUUGCAUUCAGCCGAUGAAAACAAAAAUGAGUCCAAGGUAGAGAGAGAGCACAGGAGACGCACAUCUACCCCCGUUGUGGAGGAGGGGGCCCAGGAAGAGGCUGAUGCAAGAGAUGGGAAAAGACAGGUGGAACGGUCGGAAAUGGGCACUGAAGAGCCCCAGAAACAGAAAAGUACACUUAAAAAUGAAAAGCAUCUAAAGAAAGAUGAUUCUGAAACACCACAUGUGAAGAGCCUACCUAAGAAGGAGGCAAAAUCCUCAAAGGAGAAGCCUGAAAAAGAGAAGACUCUGUCAGAAGACAAAUCAUCUACAAAGCAUAAGUAUAAAGGUGACGGUCUGCAUAAAACAAGUGAUGAGACGGAGCUUCACUCUUCUGAGAAAAGCUUAAAAGUGGAUGAAAAUGCUCAAAAGCAAAGUCAACAAACAAAACUGUCUUCAGAUGAGAAAACUGAACGAAAAAGUAAACAUAAGAAUGAAAGGAAGUUAUCAAUUUUAGGCAAAGAUGGAAAGCCAGUUUCUGAAUAUAUCAUAAAAACAGAUGAGAAUGUUCGUAAAGAAACCAACAAAAAAGAGAGACAUGUGUCAGCCGAAAAAACUAAGGCAGAACACAAAUCAAGGAGAUCCAGCGAUUCUAAAAUUCAGAAAGAGUCUCUGAGUUCCAAGCAACACGGAAUCCCAUUACAGAGAAGAAGUGAAAGUUAUUCAGAGGACAAGUGUGAUAUGGACUCAACUAACGCAGACAGCAGUUCAAAACCGGAAGACGUGGUUCACAAGGAGAAGCGAAGAACAAAGAGCUUCCUGGAAGAGAAGCUUCUGUUAAAGUCGAAACCAAAAAGUCAAGGCAAACAGUUAAAAGUAGUUGAAACGGAGUUACAAGAAAAUGUCACAAAACAGGUGACCACUCCAAAACCAGAUAAGGAGAAGAGCAUGGAAGAGAUCAACCCAGACAGACAGCGGAAGUCUAAAGUUGAAGACAAACCUGAGGAAACUGGCAGCGAAGCUGUAUCAGACAGUGUCGCUUCUUCACACGGCGUACAGAAGGAUUCUUCUAGUCACAGAACCAAGUUACCAUUAGCAAAGGAGAAAUAUAAGGCUGAAAAAGAUUCAGGCCCCUCCAGACCUGAGAGGAAGUUAUCGGAUGGGCACAAAAGCAGAAGCUUAAAGCAUAGUAAGGAAGUAAGAAAAAAGGAAGAAAAUAAAUCAGAUGACAAGGAUGGUAAAGAAGUUGACAGCAAUCAUGAAAAGGCCAGAGGGAAUAGUUCGGUUAUAGAAAAGAAAUUGAGUAGAAAGUUGUGUGAAAACCGAAGAGGAAGCUUAUCCCAAGAAAUGACCAAAGGAGACGAAAGAUCAACAAACACCUUGGGCACCACCAGUAGUUCCUCCAUUCAGAGACCAAAAAAGAGUGGUGACACCACAUUAAUGCCUGAACAAGAGCCGAUGGAAAUUGAUUCUGAGCCAGCCAUUGAAAAUGUGUCUGAAGCAUCUAAAACUCAAGACAACAGCAGUACUAGUUCUCAGCAAGACCUUGAUUCCGAAAAUGUCAUGAAACAAAAAACCACAGUCCCGGUUCUGAAGGAUGAAUUAAGAACUUCCACAGCAGAUUCAAAAUCUGCAGCUCCGGCCUAUAAAUCAGGACGUGGAACAGGAGUUGUUAGUAAUUCUGAAAAGCACGCUGACCAUAAAAGCACUCUGACCAAGAAAGUACAUAUCCAAAGUGCUGUGUCCAAACUGAACCCUGGGGAGAAAGAGCCCAUUCACCAGGGAACUCAUGAAAUGAACAUAGACUCUGAAACUAGUCCUAGACUGUUCCCUCGAGCCCUGUCAGAAAAUGAUAGGGCACAAAAGAAUUUGAAAAAUACAACCAGACCCUCUCAAGAACAUACUGCUCAAGGAGAUGCUGGGCGUGAACAUUCCCCAAAUCUAGAUCCUUCACCAUCCUUGACUUCUGUAGCUGUCGUGCCUCCAAAACAGUCCCCUGAUUCAGACAACGUAAGUCCUUUGGGGGACCAGAGGACUGCUUUAGAAGGCGGCCCCGCCAGCACCUCACUUGCAGAGCACUCUGGUAUUCCUAACCCAAGUUUGACUGCUAGCGAAUCAGAAGUCCUUAGGACAAGUGACAGUAAAGAAAGUGGAGCAGUUUCCACAGUAGAUACACCAGCAAAAGCUAGCAUGGAAAGCAAAAGACACAUUCCAGAAGGUUACCAGCCUGCUGUGCUGCACAGUAAGGGAAGAGUAAACGUGCCUAUUGGCAGCAAGGGAACAGACCUGAAGAUGGAAAAUGAGACCGUUAACCAAGAAGAUGGCUUACUGGACAUGGCCAGGAAAGAAAGUGACUUAAGCAUAGAUCCCAGUCCAAAGCAGACAACGAGAGCCAUGCUGGAAAAUGGCAAAAAGCACGGUGUCACUGUUGACCUGGUGGUCGGCCUGAGGACAGAAAAAGCUGCCGAGACGGUUGUGCUCAACAGUAGUAGCGGCCCCGGUGAAAUAGAAAACACAGCAGCUGGCGUUGACAGAAGGACUGAGAACAGUGAGGCCGACACCAGCGCUGGCUGCAGUGCCACCUCAGUUCUGGAGCAACGGAGCGGAAACCCUGAGGAUGUGACAGCCGGGUCUGGCAGGGCCGAAAAGUCUUCUUUUGCCACUAGUUCUGCAGGGAAGGACGAAGGCAUCCCCUCUAUUACUGUCAAGGCGGGGGAUGCUACCACCACCUCCUCGGAAGCAGGAGAGGGCGAGGUGGCUGUUCCCUGCUUGAGCAUUGAGGCAGACGAAGGCUUCGUAGCAGGAGCCUGCUCUGGGAACAAUCCUCUUCACGUUGGGGUGGAAGCCAGCGAAUGCACUGUCUUUGCGGCAGCCGAAGAGGGUGGAGGCGUGGUCACAGAAGGAUUUGCCGAAAGUGAAACUUUCCUCACAAGCACCAAGGAGGGAGAGAGCGGAGAGUGUGCCACAGCUGAAUCCGAAGAAAGGGCAGCAGACCCCGUGACCGCUCAUGCAGUCACAGUUGAAGAUGGUGUCAAUAGUGGGGUGACAGAAGAGAAAGAUGAUGCCGUCACCAGCGCCGGCUCUGAAGAGAAGUGUGACGGUUCUUCACGUACUGACUUGGAAAUGGCAGAAAGGACUGUCGCCUUCAUCAGUGAGGUCGAAAGCGAUGGCGCGGUGACAAGUGCUGGGACAGAAAUAAGGGAGGGCUCCUUAAGCAGUGAGGAGGUGGAUGGGUUCCAGGGAAAUGUGACAAGGACGGACCCCAAAAAAGAAACCGAGGGGACUGUGACAUGCACUGGCGAGGAAAGGAGCGGCAUUGCCUUUGUUAUGUGCUCCGUCACGGGUGCAGAGCAACCAGAGGAGCGCGUGGUAACAGGUGCAGCAGCAGCCCUGGUGGGUGACGACGUGCCACCAGGAACCAGUGCCCCCCAGGAAGGAGACGCUUCUGUGAAUGACGGCGCGGAAGGUGAAAGCGCUGUCACCAGCACAGGGAUAACAGAAGAAGAGGGAGAGGGGCCAGCUAGCUGCACAGGCUCAGAGGAGGGCAGCGAGGGCUUUGCUCUGAGUUCUGAAUCAGAAGAAAAUGGAGAGAGUGCAAUGGACAGCACGGUAGCCAAGGAAGGCACUAACGUGCCACUGGUCGCCACUGGCCCGUGCGAUGACGAAGGCGUUGUAACCAGCACUGGUGCCAAAGAGGAGGAUGAGGAAGGGGAAGGCGUGGUGACCAGCACGGGGCGGGGGAAUGAAAUUGGGCAUGCGUCCACUUGCACUGGCGCAGAGGAGGAAGGUGAAGGGGUAUCUGUUUGCGGAAGUGCCGAAGAAGGGGACAGUCAGGUGGGUACUGCGGCAGGGCGCGUGGGAGCCGAGGCUGGAGCCGCCAUCACCAAUGCCACCGAGAGCAGCGUCGACAGCAUGAGCGGCGCGGAGAAGGGCACGAAGGAGCCGGAGAUCUGCUCCAGCGCCAAAGGGAUCGUAGAAAGCAGCGUAACCAGUGCAGCUUCCGGAAAGGCUGACAAAGCACCAGUCCCCGAAGGUCGCGAGGCUCCCAUGACCAGCGCAGCCUCAGAUCAGCGUGACAGUCCGCUCGCCAGAAAAGAAAAAGUGGACGAUACCACUACUUCCACUGGCUUGGUGGGGGGCAGUUACGAGGUACUCGGGUCGGGUGCAGUCCCACAGUGUGAAGCCGGGCGCAUGUCGCCUGGUGGGAAGGAAGAUGAAGGCGUCAUCACCUCUGUGGAAAACGAAGAAUGUGACGGCCUCAUGGCCACUACAGCCAGUGACGCUGUUGCCAACCAAGCUUGUGUCGCGGGGAGCAAAAGUGCAGGCAAAGGCUUGCUGAUCUCCACCAGCACAACAAACGAUGACACGCCCCAGCUAAGCAUGGCUGCAGAUGCACAGGAGGGUCAUCCGCACAAGCUGAGAGCUGGGGAAGGCAUGCAGGGCGCUGGCCUAAACAUGGAAGAAUUCGAGGCCCCCAUGCCCAGUGCAGUGUCAGAGGAGAGCCUGCUGGCUGCUGUGGGGAACCAGGACAAAGAUGAGUGUGCCAUGAUUUCCACGAGCAUAGGCGAAGAGUUCGAGGUGCCUAUUUCCAGCGUGACAACCCUCACGUGCGCUGAAAGUCAGCCGCCGACAGUCACGGCAAAGGAAAGCGCACAAGGUGCCAGCUUGGCAAGCACCAACGACUUCGAGGUGCCCAUGCCCAGUGCGCCCGCGCAGGCUGAAAGCCCCCUCGCCUCGACCAGCAAGGAGGAGAAGGACGAGUGCGCGCUCAUCUCCACCAGCAUCGCGGAGGGGUGCGAGGCCUCCGUGGCCGACGCGCGGCCUGCCCCCGCCCUGGAGGAAAAGGACAGCAGUGCCAUCAUCUCCACCAGCUCGGGGGAGGACUGCGAGGGCCCCGUGUCCAGCGCUGCCCCUCGGGAGGAAGGCCACCCCUCAGCCAUGCGAGCAGAGGAGAUCAGCGACGCUGCCAUGAUUUCCACUAGCACCUCCGAGGGCCGCGAGGCAGUCAUGAGGGGCACUGGCCUGCAGGACGACGAGCAGUCCACCGCCCCGAGGACAGAGGACUCAAGUGACGCGGCCAUCAUCUCCACCAGCACGGCCGAGUGCGCGCCGGCGCCCAUGGGCCUUGAAAGGCACGAGGAGAGCCAGCUGACCACCAGUGUGGCUGACGGAAGAGAUGAUCCGUCAGCCACUGGGAAGACCAAGGGCAAGGCCCCGAUGCCCAGCCUGAUGGCUGCCAACAGCUCUCCACACCCCAUGUCCCUAGCAGGGUCCAGAGCCAUGGGCCCCGAGGAUGGUCCCCACAAGGUGCCACCAGCAGUGAUGGGACAGAGCGAGUGCUCUUCGCACCUUGUCAAUGCGACAGAGAGGGGCACGUGGCCAGGCCCCGUUCAGAGGUCACAGGGGGGCCCUGGGGCAUCCGUGGAGGUGCAUCACACCUGCUGGGCAGGGAGGGGCGAGCAGAGGGAAGCGGGCCCACCCGAGGAUCAGAGUGGACAGGAGCGGACGGCCGGGUGGACAGAUGAGGACCCCUCCCCGGGGAGUCACCACUUGCCAGCAGUGAGUCCGGGUGCCGAGAGAGCUGAGGGCACCCCACCUAUGGGAGACGCUGCAGUGCGGCUGCCCUCUCCUGGGCUCUGUGUACCCACAGACCCCAUGAAAACCACUGCCACCGAACGUGUUAACGGCCAACAAUCAGAAACUGGUCCUUCCCACGUACUGGUUGUUCCAGCUGCCUGUGGUGUGGCUCUGUCGACUCCAGAAUACGAUCAGGACUUGCCCGUGACAAGUGACCACAAUGGCAGAAGGACAGUCCACGGGUUGACGGAACAGGCAGGAGAUGGUAAUGGCAUGAGGAAGUCAUUCCAGGAGCCAAGAGACCCCAUACUCGCUCCUGAAGGAAGUUUGCACGAUGCAGGCACUGAAGAGUCUCCGUCGAGUGUUUCGGGAGGACGGGCACCGGAAGGCGACCCGACAACUGAGACACUCGUACCAUCCGGGGAAGAGAAAAACCACGAAGUCCCAGCAGCACCAGAGAGCCUGUGUGGGAGCGAGCCCGGUGGGGCAGCCGAACGGCAGGGGGAGCCUUUCGCGGCGAAUGAGUCACAUAACGUCAAAAAUUCAGGCUCCAGAACAAAUGAAGAAAUUCAUGGCGAAUCUCCUAAAAAAGAAGAGAUAUCCAAUGGCAGAAAAGACAGCACAGAAGCCUUAGGAGAUCACAGUGUGGAAGCAAAUCCUAAAGAGGCUGAAGAGGAGGAAAGGCAGAUGCCUAAAAGAAAAAGAAAGAAGCAUUACCCCUCUUCAGAAGACGAACUGGAUGAAAAUCCAGAUGUCCUAGAUUCCAGAAUAGAAACAGCACACAGGCAGUGUUCUGAAACUGAGCCACAAGAUACGAAGGAGGAUAACUCAGGAGAUCUGGAAGAAUUCUCUAAAAUGAGCUCCAAGACAGCCAGCACUGCCUCCCGGGCCGUGGAUGAAAAAGACGAAUACAGCAGCGGGGAAGCUACUGGAGAAAAGACAGAGCAGAACGACUACGACACGGUGAAAUCUCCGGAGGAAGAUCAGCCAGUAAUUAUUAAAAGGAAAAGAGGAAGACCCCGUAAAUACCCCAUCGAAACAGCAUUAAAAACAAAAGAAGAUUGCAAAACGGAUCCUGGUGUUGUCACUGCAGAACCGUCUCCGCCUGGCAGCAAACCCAAACCCACACCAGCAGAUGAGUCCAAUAAAGAAACCAGUGCCCCACAAGAAAGAAGUAUAAGCCAUGACGACGGUGAAGAAAAAGCAGUAGCGAGUGUGCGUCGGAGAGGAAGAAAGCCCAAGCGCUCGCUCACCCUGUCAGACGAUGCUGAGUCUUCAGAGCCAGAAAGGAAACGCCAGAAAUCAGUGUCUGAAGCCACUGAGGACAAGAGAGACCAGGAGUCUGAGGAGGAGGAGGAGGACGAGGACGAGGAGGAGCCCCCCGGAGCCACCACGAGGUCCGCCACCAGAUCAGAGGCCCAGAGAAAGCAUCCUAGCAAGCCAUCGGCACCUGCAGCAUCCAAACAUGGCAGCCCAGAGACAGUUUCUUCUAGAAAUCGCCAAAAAUUAGCAAAAGAGAAGUUAUCUGCCAGCGAGAAAGUUAGUAAAUCUCCCCCAUUAGGAAGAUCGAAGGCCCAGCUCUCCCCUUCUAGCAAGCGCAAGAGGGAAGCCAGCCCCCCCGGAGCCCGCACCAGAGGCCAGCAGAGGGUGGAGGAAGCCCCUUCGAAGAAGGCCAAGCGGUAAUCCUGGCCGCCGCCGCCCCAGGCUUGUCGGGGCCACCGCGGAGAGAAGAGGGACGGGCCUUGGGGCCAUAAGCUUUUUGUUUUAACCAGGGAAAGGACAUGCAUGUGCUCUGAGUUCCUAGGUGCAAGCUUUUUCUUGUUCUGUUUUAAACAGCUUUAUAAACUACUGUUCAUAGAAGAGAUUAUGUACAUUUAUUUCGGAUAAAGGAAAAUAAGUUUACUUUGUAUCUGAACUCAAAACAAAGUAGUUGUAUAUUUUAACAUUUGAAAUUGGGACUUCCCGAUGGGACACGUCACUAAUGCAAACCCUCCCAGCCCAUCAGAUACCAGGCUGCCUACUGGUGAUCUGUGUACAGUAUAUAAACAUGUAAAAAUAGGUUGUAUUUUACUCUAUGUAUGAUGCUAAUCAAUGAACACUUUAUUUAUUUUACAGAGAAAACUUAUCUGUGAACUUUACUAUAUAUCUGUUUAUUUUAUUUUAUUAUUUUUUUUAAUAAAAAAAAGGGGGGGGAAGGGGUUUUAAAUGCUAUGCAGUCAUUAGUAGAGAUGUUUUAGAAUGCUCCCUGCCUUGUAAUUAUCCAACGACCUGGCAGGAAAUACAGAAUCUUCUCGCAUGUAUAGCAGUGAAGUAGUUUAGCUCCAGAAAGGGCCUGUGUUGCUCUUCUGUUCACAGCUGUGACUGUUUUUAAGAAGGUACCUUGUUUUUAGAUCUUGCCCACCUCUGUGGCUCUCCCAGCCCCACUGGUGUGCGAGGCCCUCCCUCUGUCACCUGUAGGAGAAAACCCGCAGGUGUUCGCUCCUCCCCUCCGUGCUCCCCCGAGGCUAAUACCUGUUUUCUUUCCAUGUCGUCCUUUCCGGUGACGAGAAAUGCAUUUCGAUGAGGUCACUCCCAUCUAUCGAGCUUCAGGAUUUUAUGUUGUUUUAUACGCAAUGAUUUCAAGAUAGAAACUGGUUUUAUCGCCAGAUUCUUUUUUAAACAUGUUUUAACUCCCAUACGAACAAACUGUCCACCCUAAGUUUUCCAUAAGAUUAAAUUUUUCUUAAGAUCAAACUUGUCUCUAGCAAUGGAUGUGAUGAGUUGCCAAAUAAUUGAGAUUAUUUUAAAAUGUUUUGUUCAUAUUGUUUUAUAAUUAAAAUUUACAUUCAGUGUGUGUGAA